CAAAAUGAAUUUAUUUUGUAUGGCAGAUCUGAAGUUGCUCAAUAAAUAUCAAACAAUGAUAGAGAAAAGCAAGUCAAAGUCAAUGUCUUUCUCACCAUAGACUUAACUAUUCCAAGAGCUUGAAGAACAUAUAUGCUAUAAUUUUCUACUUCAUCAAUCUCACCAUUAAUCAGGAGAAACCAUAGACACAACAAAAUGUGUGACACUGUGAUCUCCUUUGCUUUCGAUCAGUUGCUUCCGUUAGCUCGGGACCAUUUGCUUCCACUAUUAAAGGAAGUAACCAAUAUGAUAAGAGGUGUCCCAAAAGAAGUUGCAGACAUGAAAAAUGAACUAGAAAGCAUUGAAGACUUCAUCAACAAUACAGAUAGAAUGACCGAAGCUGAAGAAGACAAUACGCGCGACGGAAUCAAAGCAAAGAUCAGACAGCUGAGAGAAGCAUCUUUUCAGAUACAAGAUGUCAUUGAUGAAUAUAUGAUAUGUGAGGGACAACAGCCUCAUGAUCCUGGAUGUGCAGCUUUGCUUCCUGUGACUAAAGACUUUUUCAAAACCAGGAUUCUUCGUCUACAAAUAGCUUACAAGAUUCAGGACAUUAAGUCACUAGUUAGUGCAAUGGAUGAUACUGGUGGAAAAAACCAUGGAUUCUUCCAAAUCAAAUCAUCUUUGACACGAGGAUCAAGUAGUUCUGCAGCAACUGAAAACACCAUAUUGAACAACCUUAGAGAGGCUCCAUUUUACAUUGGAGAAGCUCAAGUUGUGGGAUUCGAAGCCCCAAGGGAUGAAUUGGUUAAUUUGUUGAUAGAUGGAAGAAAAGAGCUCACUGUUGUCUCGGUGGUUGGGAUGGGAGGGCAAGGUAAAACAACUCUUGCCAAGCAAGUUUUUGACAGCAAAGAGGUUAUUGGAUACUUUGAUUGUCGUGUAUGGAUCACAGUGUCUCGACACACAGUUGAAGGAUUGCUGAGGGACAUGUUGCAAAACAUUUACAAACAAACAGAAGAAGAUCUUCCUUGUAGAAUUUCUGAAAUGGAUCGAAGGUCGUUAAUUGAUAACGUGAGAAACUUCUUGCAAAACAAAAGGUAUAUCAUCUUCUUUGAUGAAGUGUGGAAUGAGCAAUUUUGGAAUGAUAUUGGAUUUUCUUUGAUUGAUAGUAAAAAAGGAAGUAGGGUAUUAAUCACAACUAGGAAGAUUGAUGUUGCCAUGUCUUGUAAGAGGUCUUCGUUUUUUCUUGAAGUGCAUGAGUUGAAACCUUUGAGUCAUGAAAAAUCUUUGGAGCUUUUUUAUAAGAAGGCAUUCUUUGACUUAAAUGACUUGAAUGGACCAUGUCCUAAAAACCUUAUGAAUGUAUCUUCUAAAAUUGUUGAAAAAUGUGAGGGUCUGCCACUUGCAAUUGUGGCUAUUGGUGGUCUUUUAUCUACCAAAGAAAGAUAUUCACAUCAAUGGGAAAGGUUUAGUGAAAAUUUGAGUUCAGAGUUGGACAACAAUCCCAGUAUACAUGUUAUAACAAAGAUUUUAGGGUUUAGUUUUCAUGAUUUACCUUACAAUCUCAAACAAUGCUUCUUAUACUUUGGAAUAUUUCCUGGAAACUAUGAAGUUAACACCAUGAAACUAAUUAAACAAUGGGUAGCGGAAGGGUUUGUCAAAGAGGAAACAGGAAAAACGGUGGAAGAAAUUGCGGAACAAUAUUUAACAGAGUUGAUCCAUAGAAGGUUGGUUCUUGUAUCUUCUUUUUCAAGUAAUAGCAAAGCUAGAAGUUGUCAUGUUCGUGGCUUAAUACGAGAAAUGAUCCUUGAUAAAAUUCAGGACCUAAGCUUUUGCAACUUUACUCAAGAUAAUGAGGACCAGUCAGUCCUAAGCUUGAUGACUCGUCGCCUAACAAUAUCAACCAGUUCCAACACUUUACUGUCAAGAAAUGUUGAAUGCUCAAACAUUCGGUCACUGCAUGUUUUCAAAAAUGAAGAGUUACCAGAUUCCUUUGUGGCAAGUAUCCCUUCAAAGUUCAAAUUACUAAAAGUAUUUGAUUUUGAAGAUGUUGCGCUACAUCAUUAUGUUCCAAAAAAUUUAGGGGAUUUAUUCCAUUUGAGAUAUUUAAGCUUUAGAAAUACAAAAGUAAGGUAUCUCCCAGGAUCUAUUGGUAAGCUUCAUAACCUAGAGACCUUAGAUUUAAGGCAAACUAUGGUGCGCAAGUUACCAAAAGAGAUUAACAAGCUUCAAAAGUUAAGGCACCUUCUAGCUUAUGAUAAGUCUAAAGGUGUUGGAUAUGGAAUUCAACUGAAUGAUGGCAUUGGCAUUGGAGACAUAGUGUCCCUACAAACGCUACGCGAAGUGGAAGCAGAUGAUGGCGGAGUUGAGCUGAUUACCGAUCUUGAGAGGCUCAAGCAGUUAAAAAUGUUGGGGUUGACUAAUGUUAAGCAAGAAUACACAGAAGCUGUAUGUUCUUCCAUAAACGAGAUGCAACACUUGGAGAAGCUAUACAUUGCUGCAAUAAAUAAAGAUGAAGUCAUUGAUUUUUCAAAUUUUGAUGUAUCAUUACAUAAACUUCAGAAGCUUCGCCUAGUAGGGAAGUUGGAGAGGUUUCCAUAUUGGAUUAGAGAGCUUCAAAACCUUGUUAAAUUGUCUUUGUCAUAUUCCAUGUUAACUCAUGAUCCAUUGAAAUCAUUGACAGAUCUUCCGAAUUUGUUAUGCCUUAGCAUCCUCUUUCGUGCAUAUGAAGGUGAACAUUUGCAUUUUCAAGAUGAAGGGUUUAAGAGUCUCAAGCAACUGGUAUUUAGGCGCUUGUAUAAUUUGAAAUCCAUCAAAAUUGGUAAAGGAGCAUUGUCCUCUCUUGAGAAGUUCAAGUUAGUUAAUAUUCCACAACUGAUGGAGGUGCCUUCUGGUGUCUACAACUUGCCCAGGCUAGUUUGUCAUAUCAUAAACAUGACUGAUGAGUUUGAGCAAAGCAUUGAUCGUGUUCGAGGACAACAUCAAUGGAUCAUAGAGAAGGUUCCAUGUGUAGGAAUAGUUGACCGAAGUUGGGCACCUGAAAAUGUCUAACUUGUUUGGUGAUAAAGGUAGGAACUCAUGGGGCUAAUUCAGGUUCUCGUUAUGGCCUUUCAACAAUAAUGACAUUGCAUAUUUCAGUUUCUGCUUUGGUGCUGCAAUCCUAAAAAAAAGAGCAAUAUGAGACCUUUGAACAAAUGAGUGAUUUAAGACCUUUUUCCUUUUUCAUGUUUGAUUCAUAUGUAAUAAAUGGUUGCAUCAUGUUAUGAUAAUUCAAUUUUAAUGAAUUGUAAUGUUCCUUUUUACUUUGAAAUAAGGACGAAAAAAGUUUCAUGUAAUUCACUUGGUUUUAUAAUGCUUUCACGUUGGCAAA